AAUUAUAUUUAUUUUCCCAUUGCUAGACAAUGGGAGUUUCGGAGCCUGGUUCGUCUUCCACCCCUGACCUUCCACCCAUGGAUCCGGAGCAUCCCAGCAGUUUAGACGAGGAAGAUCUUCCUCGCAGGAAGCAGAGAAGAUACCGCACAACCUUCACCAGCUACCAGCUUGAUGAACUGGAGAAGUCUUUCGGCAGGACGCAUUAUCCUGACGUUUUCACCAGAGAAGAAUUGGCACUCAAAAUUGGAUUAACAGAAGCUAGAAUACAAGUAUGGUUCCAAAACCGUCGUGCGAAAUGGCGUAAACAAGAAAAGGUGGGGCCCCACGCGCAUCCUUACAGCGGGUACCUCGGCGGCGGGCAGCCGCUGCCGACCUCCGCCACGCUGCCCGCGCCGCACCCGCUCUCGCAACUCGGCUUCGGCUUGAGGAAGCCUUUUGACAACGCUUUAGCCUCUUUCCGGUACGCCAACGCACCGCUAUUUGGCGCACAGUACCUACCUCCGCUCCCGCGUCCUCCACUAUUUGGCGCACCGCUAUACGCCACGUCGCCCGCUCACUUCCACUCGCUGUUCGCCAACCUGACCGCACCCGAACCCCCCAGGCUGUCCCCUGAACACCCUCGCCUCUCCCCGGAAACCUCCCGGUCCCCUGCUCCAUCCAUUUCACCCCCUAUCUCCCCUGGCAGUGAGACUUUACCCCCUCAAGACGAUGUGAGAUCAUCAAGCAUUGCAGCAUUAAGAAUGGCUGCGAGAGAACACGAAUUAAGGCUCGAGUUAUUAAGACAACGAGCAGAUUUAAUUUGUCAAUAGUAAUGAUUAUAAUAUAAUUUAGCAGUUCAAUAGUGAUUUCAUAAUGGUUCCUACACAGUAUUGGCAAACUCAGACAGAUGUCUUCACAAUUGCGUAGUUUGUAUGAGAACUUUUUACUACCGCAAUGAAAAACCAGUAAUGUAACCCGAAAAACGCCGAGUUCGGUGAACUGUACGCCGAUAGUGUGUAGCCGGCAUUAAAAUAGUUUUAUCCAUAACUUAUAUUUAGCAUAGUUUUUUUAUCCUUUCAAUUUUGUUAUUUCAACUAUUUUUUGUGAGUAAUCUUCUGGUUCUAAUACAAAUAUUUAAUGGUGUAAAUAUUAUCUAAGAGAUAUUUAGUUAAUUCUAAAUAUCUCUCUAGUAGAAUAAGCGAAUGGUGAAAAUUAUCAAUUAUUUUAUUAUUUAUAAAAGAAGAUUAAGUAGCAAAGAAAAACAAUAUAUUGAACCUUGAAAUACAUACCGUCCAGUAUAUUAUAGUAUUAAGUUAUUUUCCA